UUCAUAUUCUGGAUUGUUAUUCUCAACCUCAUCUACAUCGUGAACACCAUCAUUUGGGCAGGCAAUGUGAACAUCGUUGCCUCGGGGUGGUGCGAUAUAUCAUCAAAGAUCCUUGUUGGGUGGCCGACAGCGCUCUCCGCAUAUUGUCUCUGUUUUUCUAUGCAACUCCACGACCUGACUCGCGGUUUGGAUAGAGACAACGCGAGAAGCAAGCGCCUGAGGCAGUUUCGCGGAUGUGCUCUAUGCCUCGGUCUUCCUAUCCUGGUUAUGCUAAUUCACAUCGCGUUCCAAACACAUCGUUUCGACAUUAACGAGGACUUCGGCUGCUUUCCUUCUAUCUUUGUCACCUGGUUGUCUGUCGUUCUUCUUUGGUGCCCUCCAAUGGUCAUGGCCCUGUUGGCAAUGUUCUAUGCCGGUGCGUCCCACGCAAUACAUCUCUUG